GGCAGAGCCGUUCCACGCACUUUCCGUUUUGGGCAGUCGGCGGAGGAGAAUGGUACAGAGUAUGUAAUCUUCGAUGCUGGCUAGCUACAAGUGUAGAUUCGACCGACAUCAAGGUGCCGCGGCUUGAGGCUUGAGACAGGAAGCAAAGGACAUGGUAUUCUGUAGAGCCCACUCGGCCGGGAAAACGGCCUCAAGGAGAACAAGAGUCAAGCGUCCGUCUGUCAGUCUGCAAGAUUGAGUACCGCCAAGACUGUCAGCACGUCUUCGAACCCGGAGCACCUCAGGAAGGCACCGCUCAGGCUUGUGGUCCUUCCUCGUCUUGGGGCACUGUCCUGCCUCGCCUGUCCAGACGGACGAAGCCACUGACAGGCGAUGACAUCACCGUCACCAGAUUACAGAUGAGGGGUACCACAUGUUGGAGGACGGUUGCGAACGAGGUGAGCUGCUGCUGCCUUUGCAAAGUGUUGCUAUUUGACAAACCGGCCAUUGAUCAAAGGUCUGACACGGAGGAGAUAAGGACUGCCUCUGCAAACCACGUUCGAGUUCGCUGAUAGCACACUCAACAGUUGCUGGAUGAUAAAUCCAUCUAACCUGCCAAGCCUGCAUGACUUUUAGCGCGGGGCUACGCGGGUGAGUCGCACGGUGAGGCACUUCUCCUCCGUUUCCCGCUCGAUUCCCCCUCUGCUACCGGCAUUUACCCGGUUUACACGGCACUAAAAGGGACCUCGAUCCUUUUCGAUGGAGCUCGCGGAGUAUCGGGACUGUGUCCCCCCGCCUCAUGAUGCCAUGGUCUUUGUGUGGAAGGGAGGGCCGGUGGUGAUUGUGAGUCUCCAAUUCGCUGCUACGUCGCAUCGACAACCAGAGCUACCCCGCAUGGACGAGGAGCUUCCGACCUAAAAUAGGGGACAAGGGCAGCUCUCCAUCUGAACGACGACAGCCUUUUCGAGUUCAUAUCGCUUCUCUGCCUCAGUUCCUACUUGCCCAACAAGUUACUGCCGCGAAUCUUCUCGCAAUUGUUUCGCUUUUGCGUUCGUCGAGCAUAUCGUGUGCCGCCAUAUACCCGACCACAACAAUACCCCCACCAUGUCUUUCACUCUGCGUUGGGGCAUCCUAGCCACCGGCUGGAUCGCUGAGACUUUCAGCAAGGACCUCCUGACAAACCCCGCCACCCGCGAUGUGUCCAACGUUGCCCACCGCAUCGUCGCCGUGUCCUCGUCCCGCGAUGCCCAGAAGGCUCGCGACUUCCUCACCAAGAUUGACGGUCCCCAGGAGGCCAAGACGUACGGUUCCUACGCCGAGCUCGUUGCCGACCCCGAUGUCGAUAUCAUCUACGUCGCCACCCCGCACUCCCACCACUUCCAGAACGCCAUGCUGGCCCUGCGUGCCGGCAAGCACGUCCUCUGCGAGAAGGCUCUGACCGUCACCGCCGAGCAGGCCCGCCGUCUCGUCGCCACGGCCCGAGAGAAGAACCUCUUCUUCAUGGAGGCCGUCUGGACCCGCUACCAGCCCCUGAGUCUCAAGGUCCGCGAGCUCGUGCAGGCUGGCGAGAUUGGUACCGUCUCCCGCGUCACCGCCGACCUGUCCUUCAACAACGUCGAGGACCAUGACACUGGCCGUCUGAGUUUUGCCGACUCGCACCGCAUGGUCAACCCUGACCUUGCCGGCGGCGCCCUUCUCGACCUCGGCAUCUACUCCCUGACCUGGGUCUUCCAGAUCCUCUACCACCUGCAGGCCGCCGACGCCAAGGAGAAGCCUGUCGUCACUGCCGCCCUCAACAAGUACGCCGCCACCGGCGCCGACGACAGCACAGCCAUCAUCGUCCGGUUCCCCAAGCACAACACUCUCGGCAUCGCUACGACUUCGCUGCGCGCCGACACGGACGCCUCGGGCGCCGGCAAGACACCCGGCAUCCGCAUUCAGGGCUCCAAGGGCGAGAUCCAGGUCGCGCACCCGGCGUUCCGGCCCGACAGCUACCGCGUCGUGCGCAAGGGGGCCGCCGAGGGCGAGGUCGAGAUCGUCGAGUGCCCGCUGCCCAAGGAUGAGUCGCGCGGCGGCUGGGGCCACGGCUUCUUCUGGGAGGCGGACGAGGCGGCGCGGUGCGUGCGCGACGGCAAGGUCCAGAGUGAGGGCAUGCCGUGGGAGGAGAGCGUCGUCAUCAUGGAGGUCAUGGAUGAGGCGUUGAGGCAGGGCGGCGUCGAGUACCCUGCCCUCAUCACGAGCCACGAGUUUGAUCCUGAGAGCUCCCUCAACACGGGGCGGUAA